AUGAUCGGCGAUCUAGCUCUGGCGUUGGCAAGCCAGGCGCACAAGGCGCGAGCUAGCAGCACAGUCGCNCAGUACAAAGAGCCAUGGCAGGAGUUCCUAGAUUGGGCAGAGCUACUACACAUUCGGGCGAGCGACAUUUACGACAUCAGGCCAGAGAUAGUGGCCAUGUACCUGAUGCACGUCUACCAAACCGUGCAAGCGGAUGAAGUAGGUCCGGGUCGCGUCGCGGGAGCGAGCGCUGCUAUUGCCUGCCAUUUCUUUCUCGCGGGCCGCCCCUCACCAACGGAGCACCCAGCAUGCAACCUCGUUCGGGACCUGGGCAGGUGCACACUGCAAGGGAAGAAGCUGCACAGGGAAAGCAUGCAACCAGAGCAUGUCCGCAUGUUGGCCGCUCACUUCGCUGGGCCGGAUGCCUCACUGCCAGACCUGAUGAUGGUAGCGGCCAUAUCGGUUAUGUUCGCGGGUUUCCUAAGGUUCAACGACCUAGCCCACAUCUCCGUCAAGUCUGACCUGCUCACCCUGCACGACACUCACAUGGCCAUCACACUGCCUAGGUCCAAAACGGACCAGGAGGGCAAAGGGCAGACCAUCCGGAUCGCGCGCGUGGGGGGCGUGGCCUGCCCAGUGGGCUUGACAGAGAGGCUGCUGGCGCUUGGUAACUAUGUCCGUGUCCCCAGUUCCCCCGUGGAGGACUGUCCCUCGUUUAUAAGCGGCAGGCUCGGCCCAGUUGGAGACCGGUGAUUAGGCAGUCCCCUCGGAGCGCCGGACGUGCAGCUGUACAGCGAUUACCGCACGGCAAAUAAGUGCCUAUAGAGUAUCGUCGCGCGCUAGGAAUGUCGCCUGGCCAGCCCCGCUGGCCAGGGUGUGGUUCGUGCGUCGCUGACGCUUCAGGUUUGCCCUCGGGGCGGGUGACCAGUGGACGCAGUCAUUAAUGCUGCGUUUAGUUGUCUAGUGCUGUGCGUCAGUUCUUUCGGCCGUGCCGGUGUGGCCGCGCUGGACAGCGCUGCGCGCGCUCAGACCGCGCCGUGUGGCGCUAGACCGCGCUUCGGCGCACACGCGCCCUGGCGCUCCGAGAGCAGCAAUUAGUACUCUGCAGUAGUGUAAGGCCCUUGGCAGCCCCGGUUUCGCCUCGCCCUGUCCUAUCCGACACCCCGAACGCAACCGUACAGCAAGCCAUGAAGGCUAUAGGACAUAA